UCAGGGCAGAGCCCCCCCCGGAUUGGUCGGCGUUGCUCUGUGUUUUGGUUGUCUGGAGGUGGUGGGGAUUGUAUAUUUUUUUUUUUAGCUGUGUCAGGGGGAGCUGCGAUCUGUGAGAGGCGGGCGGAGGGGCCCCACCUGAGGAGCCGCUGACGGAGCGGGGACAGCUUGGAAUGAUGUAAUAGAGCGUUGCUGUGUACCAGAGCCGGAGACAUGGCCAAUUUACCGGGAGGAAUAACCUUUAAGGAGUUCUGUCCCUUGUACUCCAUUCUGAAUGCCAUCCCUGCUAAAGUUCAGAAAGGCUUCCGUUCCCUCCUCGUCUACCUGACGGCAUUGGACGUCAAUGGCGACUACAUUGCGAUCGGCAGCAGCAUCGGAAUGUUGUAUCUCUACUGCCGACACACAAAAAAGAUGAAAAAGUAUAAUUUGGAGGGUAAAACGGAAUCCAUAUCGGUCAUUAAACUCCUCAGCUGCUUCGAUGAUCUGGUCGCAGUUGGCACAGUGUCUGGCAGGGUGGCAAUUUUCCACCUGGUGUCCCCUCUACCUGGCAGAAAUAAGCAGUUACGGAGGUUUGAUGUACUUGGCAUUCACAAGAGCAGCAUCACCGCCCUAGCCUGGAGCCCCAAUGGGAUGAAGUUGUUCUCUGGAGAUAAUCGAGGGAAGAUCAUUCAGUCUGAUCUGGACUUUGACAAGGGCUCUUGUAACCCCAGCCUCAUACUGGAGGAACUGUCCUCAAUAGUUCAGCUAGAUUACAGCCACAAAAUCUUACUUGUGUCCACCACUCAGAGAUGUUUGCUCUUCUAUACAGAGGAGAAGUCUGUUCAGCAAGUGGGAAACCAGCCUAGAAAAUCAAAUGGCCGAUAUGGAGCCUGUUUCAUACCUGGGCUCUGCAAACAAAGCGACCUAACAUUAUUUGCCGCAAGACCAGGUCUCCGACUAUGGAAGGCUGAUGUCCAAGGAUCCGUCCAGUCUACCUUUAUAUUAAAGGACAUUUUAUCUCAUGAAAUGGAAUCCUUCGAGCUGCAUCCUCGGGCGGAGACGGUCAACCAGGACGGCUAUAAACUCUGUGAGAAGCACCUGGGCCUCAUGUCAUGUUUUCUCCACGAAGGAUGGGCUCUGAGCUGGGAUGAGUACAGCAUCUACAUCAUCGACACCAUCAAUCAGGCUGUCAUUGGAGGUCUGGAAAGUGCUGGCGAUAUUGUUUCCGUCUCGUGCGUAAACAAUGAAAUCUUCCUCCUGAAAGGGGACCGAGAGAUCAUUAGAAUAUCUGACAUGCCGGAAGGGGCGGUUUCUGCCGACAUACAUAGCCCCUUCCGUGUGCCUGCCAAACACUCAAAGCUUGAGGUCGACACUCAUAAUCUGCCAGCGUCUGCUGCAACAGCGGACCAGAGGCCUGCUGCCCAGACGGUGCGUACAGAGAGGAUCCAGCUGUGCCCUUUGGAGACUGAAGAAGACGGGCAAGAGACCGGGAUGGAGCUUAAAGUUCGGAGAAGCUCUCUACCUGUAGAGGUGACAUGGGGAACACCGAACCCUCUGGAUUGUGAUUACAGCCUGACGGAACAGGAUCCUCGCUCUCCCUGUAACACGGUACGAACACAGCGCUCUUUGUCCCAGAGGUUCAGCACUAUCAGCAAUGAGGAAUUUGACGAAGUGGAGGUGAAGGCCAUUAGGGUGAAGAAGAAGAGAAAGAAAACACAAGAAAAUGGGUCCAGGAGCCGCGUUGGUUCCCUUGAGAGUACUCCCAGUGUAGACAGCCCACUCUCCCUUACUUCAUACGUUUUUUCCGGAACGGUGAGUCUACCUGGCAGCCAUGCUGAUCACUUGAGCUCACAGGAGAGCUUGGCGAGCGGCAAGGGCCAAGCUGAGGAUAACACAUCGGGCGUUUUCAGUGCCCCGCAGACUGACUCUCCGAUUCCCGACAUCGACAGUGAAAACAACUCCUGCAGCGGAGAGGAGAAGGAGUUGGCAAAUGAACAGAUUAACGAUGCCACAGCCAAUGAAGCUUCAGCAGAUACUCCAGCUAAUCAAGGAACUGUUAAGGAAGUGGAAACUUUGACUCUCUGUACAGGUUCUGCGCUGGAGGAUUUGCUCCGCGGCGUAUCUGAGCCUCACCCGCUAAGGGAGACCGGCGAGAUGACCAGCGCAGGCUCUGCUGAACUGUACUACUUCUCCAAGGGGAGCAAGUCCUUAGAUUCUCAGACUGACCACAGCGACGCGCUCGAGGACGGACAAGUGUCAAACGCCCAGUGCCACGUACCCCCAAGUUCUAUUGGGGAUGGCAUGAGUAAAAGCGCUCACACCUUUACCAGUGACCCUCUACAGGUUAUCAAAGCCGGCAAGCUGGAGAGAAACGACCAAGAUCAAUCGCUGGCAUCCAGCGACGACGAGGAUAUCUAUGGCCACCGCAUCCCUCACUCUUCCUCGGACGCCAGCGUGGCAGAAAUGGCGGUUUCACAAGAGCUCUCUCGGUCCAUGCAGGAAGAAAGCAUGUUGCUGAAAUCGGAGCAGCUUGCAGAGAGUUGGAUGGUUUACUCGGGGCCGACCAGUGGCAUCCUCAGCUUGGUUGUGUCAGAGAAAUACAUUUGGUGCUUGGACUACAAAGGGUCUUUGUACUGCAGUUCCCUGCCUGGGGCCGGUCUGCGCUGGCAGAAGUUUGAGGAUAAUGUCCAGCAGGUGGCAGUCUCUCCCUCAGGAAAUCUUCUUUGGAAAAUCGAGCAGAAGACAGACAAGGCCUUUGCUUGUGGGAAGGUAACAAUCAAAGGGAAGAGGCACUGGUACGAGGCUCUACCUCAAGCCUCGUUUGUUGCUCUGAGCGAUGACACUGCCUGGAUCAUCCGGACAAAUGGAGAUUUGUACUUACAAACAGGUCUCAGCGUGGAUCGCCCAUGUGCCAGAGCCAUAAAGGUUGACUGCCCGUGCCCGCUGUCCCAGAUCACAACCAGGAACAAUGUGGUGUGGGCCCUCACUGAACAGCGAGGCCUUCUGUAUAGAGAAGGAGUCAGCAGCUUCUCUCCAGAGGGAGAGCUUUGGCAAUGUGACCUUAUCAGCGAAAGACAAGCUCUAGAACCGGUGUGUGUGACGCUGGGUGACCAAGAAACGGUUUGGGCCCUGGAUGCCGGCGGUAAUCUGUGGUUCAGGACCGGAGUGACGCCUAAGAAGCCACAAGGAGAAGAUGACCAUUGGUGGCAAGUCAGCAUCACAGAUUACGUCGUCUUUGACCAUUACACCUUGUUCCAGACCCUCAUCCAGGCCACGCAGACGGUUGCUACAGUUGCCCAGGUCCCCGUUGAAAAGAUGGCCGACAAACUCCGCAUGAUGGUCUGGUCUCAGCAGUCGCAGUGUCAGCCCAGCCUCCUAGGGGUUAACAGCAGUGGGGUGUGGAUCACCUCCGGGAAAAACGAGUUUCACGUGGCAAAGGGAAAUCUUAUAGGCACUUACUGGCACCAGAUUGUACCACGUGGCACGGCCUCCACCACCAAGUGGCUAAAUGUCUUUGCAUCUUCCUCUCCGAGCGGCGAAGGAAACGUCCUUUGGAUUUGUCAGAGCAGGAAAGAUCUUUUCUGUCUGAGUGAUCUGACUGCACCAUACAGACCUUCCACCGUCCAGCUUCCCCCAGAGACAGAGAUGGUCCACAUGUCGGCCUGUGCGGAUGCCGUAUGGGCGCUUGAUGGGUAUGGAGGAGUGCUAAUCCGAACGCUUUCUAAAACCUGCCCUACUGGGAUGCAUUGGACGAGGCUGGAUCUCUCUCAACUGGGACCAGUGAGGCUGUGCAGCCUAUCCUGCGGUAAUCAGAACAUCUGGGCCUGUGACACCAGCGGAGUGGUUUACUUUCGCGUAGGAACCCAGCCACUAAAUCCAAGCAUGAUGCUGCCAGCGUGGAUCAUGAUCGAGCCACCCAUACAGCCUGUAGGUAUCAACUUGAUUAGUGUCUUCUCCAGUCCCAACGACAACAUGCUGUGGACUCUCGACAACAAGUGCAACGUUUACGUCCGGAUCGGAAUUACAGAAGAAAUGCCCAUCGGGAUAGACUGGGAGCACGUACCGGGUUUGCAGGCGUGUCAGCUCGUUGUGAGCGCGAGGACCGUCUGGGCGCUGUGUCCCAAUGGUGACAUUGCCAGACGGUACGGGAUAACCGAAAAGAACGCAGCGGGUGAUUACUGGAAGAAAAUCCCGGGAAAUAUGUCGUGGUUAACAGUGACUCCACAGGACGAGCUUUGGGGCGUGGGCUCCACAGGAUCUCUCCUGCAGCGUCUCACCAGGACCUACAGCCACCAUCUCCACAUUGCGAAGAGCGACCAUCUGCACGCCAAUUCCGACUUCGAAGACGAGUGGGAGGUCAUCUGACACGGCUGUACACAAGACAGCUGUCGGUGAUCAUUCAUAUGCUGCUAGAAAGCCUGUGUUGUCCUUAUUAACUCUCUUCAGUGUGAUAUACGAAGCACUUUGCCUGGUCCACUACAUUUCCACAUCAUCCUAUCUGUGCUCUGGAUACAAAGCUUGUGUGUAUAUACAGCUAGAAGAUACCUUCACACUUAUUACACAAUGCCACAAUACAUUGCAAAACUCGAAUCUGAUUGGUGGUAACCACAUUUACCCGCAAACCAAAUUAUAGUGUCUGUGAAACCCAA